AUGUCGGCCUGCAGCGCGGAGCACUCGCUGAGGGCGCUGUGUGACGCCGCCGGCGACGGGGACCCGGGGGUGAGGGGGCAGGCGGGCCGCUCGCUGCGGGAGAUGGGGCAACGCCGGCCGGAGCUGGUGAUGGCCGCCUGCCAUGACUACCUGGCCAAGCGGAGUCAGCUGGAGGACGGGCACCGUGCCGCCGUGCUGCACGGAAUGGUGGAGGUGGCCGGCGACGCCGGGCGGCGGGUGGGCGAGCUGCUGGCCAAGAGGGUGAUCGCGGCAGCCCGGGAGGAGCUGACCAGGCCGGAGGAGGCGGGUCGGGACGCCUCGAGGGAGGCCCUCAGUGAUCUGCUGGUGGCCCUCGGCCGCGCCUUCGCCGAGGACGUCCUGGAGGAGAUGCUGCGGCUCUUCGGGCCCGAGGCCCCACCUGAUGUCUACGCCGUGCGGACGGUCGCCCACCUGUCGGAGGUCAACGUCUACAGCGCCAUGUCCUACAUGCCUGCCGUCCUGGAGGCCGCCCUGCCCCUGCUGAACCAGGCCAAGUCGGACAGGAUGAAGGCAGCCGUGGCCUCGGCCCUGGGCUCCUUCAGCCGGAGCAUCCUGGCCUACCAGGAGAAGUUGCCUGACCCCACGCUGAGGAAGGAGGCCUUCGCCCAGGAGAUCCAGGCCGCCUACGACGUCUUCUUCAACGCCUGGUUGCAGUUGAAGGACUCCAGCCUCCGCCAGGAGGUACUGUCAGCCCUGGGGGACAUGGCGCAGGUGCUGCCCGAGGAGAAGCUGCGGGAGGAGCUGCCCAGGCUGCUGCCGGGGGUGCUGGCCUGCUACAAGAGACAAGCGGAGGCCCGGAGUGUCACCUGCUGCCUGCGCCGGGUGCUGGCGGCCGCCUCGGGCCUGGGAGGCCGGGCCCUGGAGCCCCAGGCUGAGGCCCUGCUCCGUUCGCUCUACCAGCAAGCCUGCGGGCCUUGCGGGCCCAGCUCCGAGCUGCUGGCCUGCUUCGCCACCGUGGCCGGCGCCUCCCCAGGCCCGCUGCUCCGUUUCCUGGCGCACAAAAUGGCCGGCGGUGAGAGGGGCCGGGUGGGGGCCCUGACCGUGCUCCGGCACCUCCUCGGGUCCUGCCCGGCCCAACUGGGAGGCCGACGCGCCGCCAUCCUGUCCGGCCUGAAGCCAGCGCUGUCGGACGCCAGCCCACGGGUCAGGAGGGCUGUGCUGGAGGCGGCGGAGGCCCUGGUCGCCGGGGGUUACCUGGAGGUGAAUGAGGUGGAGGGUGAGGAGGAGGAAGGCGGGGUGGCAGCAGUGGUGGAGUUCGUGGUCGCCCAGUGCGGCCUGGGCCCCAAGGCCGAGGAGGCGGAGCUGAGGUCCAGGGCAGAGCAAGUGCUGAGCCAGGCCUCGGCCAUGGUGGGCCUGGAGCGGGCGCUCUGGCCCUCCCUGCUGGGGUACGUCACCCCGCUGCGGUACACGGGCGCCCUGGCCCCCCUCUGCCGGACCCUGGACUGCCUGUGCUCCAGGAGGAUCAAGGCCGGGCCUGAACCCUUGGCCUUUGACUCCAGGCCUGGCCUGCCCUCGCCUCAGGCCCUGCUGGCCCGCCUGCUGGCCGCCGCCUCCCUGCCCUACGAGGGUGGCGGGCGAGGCGUCCCGGCCCUGAGGCUACUGCUCGUCCUGGCCCCUGCCAUCCACCCAGCCCUGGACAAGCCCUGGCGUGGGGAGCUGCCCGACCUGACGCAGUUCGUGGCCGAAGCCUCGGAGGAGACCUUCCCCCAGCAGCAGUGGGAGAAGAGCCUGCUUCUCCUCCUCUUCAAGAGCCUGGAGGCGGUGUCCGAUGCCGGCUGGCGCCGCCAGCUGGGCGAGGAGCUGACCGCCCUGGUUGGCGCUUGGCAGGCUGCGGCGGCCUCUGCCCACCACGCACUGGCGACCAGGGAGAGGCAGUUCCUCUACAAGUGCCUGGGCAUUGUCCUCCAGCACACCAGCUCGGGUGAGGACAUCAGCCACAAGCUCCAGGAGAUGCUCCUCAGCGUUCAUCACCACGAGGCGCUGGAGAGGGAGGGCGCGGCCGUUGCCGUCGGCUUCUGUGCCAUGACCCACCUGGACGAGACGCUGACUCGGCUGGAGGACUUCGCCAAGCCCGACGCCCCAAAGAAGAUGGCCAACUUCUUCAACGCGCUGAUGGAGACGCUGGAGGGCGACGUGGAGAAGAUCAAGUGCACCCUCAUCCUCUGCUACGGCUACGCGGCGCUGUACGCCCCCGAGGACCUCCUCUUGCCCAGGCUGGAGAGCGGCAUCCUACAGCACGUCAUCAACCUCUCCAACACCAAGGUCCUGGGCAUCAAGGUGGAGAGCAAGGACCUGAUGAUCCGGCUCAGCCUCAUCAAGGCCGUCACGCUGAUCGCCAAGGCCGUGCUCGCCAAUGGGCACAGGCACUCCUUCAGCUUCACCAGGAAGGGUGAGCUCCUCGCCAACAUGCAGAACCUCAUCAAGGCCGAGUCCAGGACUCAGCUGAGGACGCCCGUGCGCCAGUUGGCCAUGACCGCCUGCGCCUCCCUCAUCAAGCUGGGGCCAUCCCUCAACAAGGCGUACGUGACCGAGCUCAUCAAGACCUGCCUGGACAGCGUGGUGGGACUGCAGCCCCCGCCGGGCAAGGGGGAGGGUGCCGAGGAGAAGGAGAGGGAGGGGCUGUACGAGGAGACCCUGGCCUCCCUCCAGGGGCUCCUGAGUGAGAUCCUCCUCCACGACCUCAGCCCUGACGGGCUCCAGGCCGUCUUCAAGCACGUGGAGGGCUGGGUCAUCUCCACCAAGGACCACGAGAGGGAGAGGGCCAUGGGAAUCACCUACAAGCUGACGGCCCUCUAUCUGGAGAAGAUGGGCGCGCAUGGAGAGAUGGAGUUUGGGCACCUGGGCGCCAUGGUAGGGCGGCUGGCUCCACGGUGUACUGACCCGGUGCCCGGGAUCCGGGAGUUAGCCGUGGCCAGCAUCUGUGCCCUCUUUGACAUCCACCUGCAGCAUCGGGGGCUGGCCCAGGACCAGCCGGACGAGAUGGUGGAGCACCUGCGGAUCCUGAGCAGCCGCCUCGACUGCUCCGACGGCCAGCAGCUCCUGCAGCUCUGCUCCCACCUGGCCCGGGUCAUCUCGCGGCACCUGCCCCACGACCAGGUCGCCCCCCUCCUCUUUGCCCUCUUCGAGGGGCUGGAGGACCACUUCUUCGGCUGCUCCAGUACAGCCUCGGCCGUCAUGAACACCGCCAUCCUCUCCUGCGGCUCGGCCCUGCAGGGGAGGGUGGCCGAGAUCCUCCGGGCCCUCUACGUCCGCCUCCAGUGGAUCACGGGCGACCGGGUCAGGCUAUCGGUGAUCCACUUCAUCUCGGUGCUUGCCUCGCAGAACACAGCUGAGGUGGUCUACUGCCUCCUCCUCUCCCCGCUGCCCUGGGACAGGAACACCACCGAGAUCUGGCGCUCGUUGGGGGGCCAGACCCCCUUGGCCACCAGCGCCAUGGAGCUGCUGCUGGAAGCCCUGGUCAAGCAGCCGAGCCCCCAAGGGGAGAGGCCGGGCUCCCCGGCGCCCCUCUGCUCAGCCCUGGACCCCCUGGCCGUCAUCUGCGCCCUGAAGGAGAUGCUGUCCAACCCGGAGUCGGCCGGGGCGGCGGCAGGCCUCUACCCCCGGCUCUUCGGGGCCCUCCUGCUGCAGUUGGGGGCCGAGCCGUCUCCGGCCCCCAUCCCCGGCCCCAAGGAGUGGAAGCUGACCCGCCGGCCCCGCCAGCCGCCCCUCGAUGCCCGCAGCCAGGCAGCCGAGGCCUUGCGGGUGGCGCUGGGAGCCGGCGGCACGCCCGGGGUGGCGGUCAGCCUGCAGGCCAGUGGCGGCUGGGACGAGCUGAGGGACCCCGAGAGGCAUCACCAAGGGGCGGCCGCACUGGGCCGGGCCAUGGCCGAGCACGCCAGGCCCAGGCUGGCGGCUGUGGCCCAGCAACUGGCUGGCUGGCUCCCCGCCGCCUCCACCAGGGCCCAGCGGGUCUCCCUGACUGCCUUCCUGGGCGAGCUGCUGGCCCAGCCCACCGCCGCCCGCCACCUCCAGCUGGCCGACGUGCUGCUGGCCUCGCUGCUGGGCUGCCUGCGGGACCCGGCGCCACUGGUCCGCCGCCUCUCCCUCCUCGGCCUGGCCAACCUGGCGGACGGCGAUCCGGCCAAGGCAGAGAUGCACUCGGCCCAGCUGCUGGGCGCCCUGGCGUCGGGGGUGAGGGACGCAGACGACCCGGUCAAGCUGGAGGCGCUGGCCGGCCUAGGCCGCCUGCUACCGCUGUUGAAGGAAGGCCCAGUGCGGGGCCUGCUGGGCGGUGUGGUGGCGGCCGCCCAGCCCCUCUUCGAGCACGGCAGCGAGCGGGUGAGGGCGGCCGCCUUCGGGUUGCUCGGCGGCCUGUCCUGCCUCGCUGGUGGAGGCAGGGAGGAGCUCCGGCAUGUCCUGGCCGAGCAGCUCCACACCAGCCUGGUCAGUCUGGUCCUGCACAUCGACGACGGUGACCCCGAGGCUUCCCGGGCCUGCAGGUCGGCCCUGAAGCAAGCCGGGCCCUUGCUGGGCUCUGAAGGCCUCACGCUGCUGCUCCAGAGCCGGCUGGACGUGGACUCGCCGCCCGAUUACUGGGACUUCCUCCACGGACUCUGCCGGGUGCUGGUGGCCGAGUUCCCGGCCAGGGUCAGCGUCCAGCUGCUGGUGGCCGUCGCCUUCUUCAGGAGCCUGCAGCCCGAGGUCCGGGCCAACGCGGUGGCCCUGGCCGCCUGCCUGCUGCACCGCCUGCCCCGCAAGUACCACCGGGCCGCGUCCGGCGGCGACCUCUGCGCUGACAUCGCCGACAUGCUGCAGGACCCGGUGGCCUGCGUGCGGGCCAGCGUGGCCAGAGCUCUCGCCCUGCUGCACUGA